AUGGAUUACUCUAGUGUUUUUGCUGAAAGAGGCAAUGAAGUGAACCAAGAGAAGCCUCCACCGCGAGUGUGUCCAAGGUGCAACUCAACCAACACCAAGUUUUGUUACUACAACAACCAUAGUGUGUCUCAACCACGCUACAAGUGCAAGGAAUGUCGCCGAAACUGGACUCAUGGUGGAGCGCUAAGGAACAUACCGAUUGGUGGAAGUGGCCAUAAAAAGAAGAGUACAACGAUAGAUCAACCUUUUGUUUCUCAGGCAGUUUCUGCUGAGAUCCAACAAGUUAGUCGUCAUCGCCAACCUUUCUUACAUGCUCAAGAAACCAACCAGUUUGUUGAAUCUUUUGGUGGUUCUUCUUCUGGUUUUGAUGUUGAUAACCAUAUCGGUUCUUUUCCUGAAAUUAGUGGCGAUGGGGUGCUUCCAUUUCAAAGUUUUCCACCAAUGGAUCGCUCUUAUUUCCAUGAUGGAUUGUUUCAACAAGAUUACUACAACGCUGAGUCCAAUGAUUUGAUUGGUAAUCAUUUGAUUAACCAAUCAAUUGGUAGUUAUAAUGUUGUGAGCUCUAAUCAUAACAGUUACAUUAAUCAAGAGGAUCGAGACAAGUGGAACCAGAGUUUAAACAAUACUAUGAACAUGAAUCAUAAUGCCAGUACCAGUGGAAGCAGAGAAUGGUGGGACACUGAUCACAAGAACAAGUACAAAGGCAAAAUCAAAAACAACUGUGUGUAUGAGUCCUCUUACCAUUUGGAGAAGCAUGGUCCUUGA